CAAAUAUGAGUCAGAAGUACCUCUCUUUGUCCAACAGAGAUGAGAAUGUAGACAUCUCCCUUGAUAAGUACGAAGAUGAAUUAGAUGAGCUCCAGGUAGAAGCCCUUGACUUCUCCACAAUGACCGAGCAGGAGAUCAUUGCCAAGUAUGAAAUCCUUAAGAAAGAGAAUGAAGUUCUCAACAUGAAAUAUUCCAGAGCCAAUAGAGAUGUUAUGAAGGAGAAGGAAACCUGAAACCAGAAGAUCCUCCAGGCUGAGACCAUGGGAAUGAUGACCAAGUACCAGCUCGUCUUUGUCAAAAUGGAGACGGCUUUUGCUAAAAUUUUCAAUCAUAAUAAACUCCGUGACCUAAGAAAGAUGCAGAGAGCCUUCACUAGAAUGAAGGAUAAUGCAGUCCAAAAGAGGUUGGACAUUGUCUGUGGAGCCAAAAUUGCCCUUGAAAAUUAUAAAGCUUUAGGCAAAAUCUUCAAUAAAUACGAAAAGAACCAAAAGCUUAACAUGAGAGAUGCCUUUCAUACCUGGAAGACUCUCCUCACUGGUGAGAAGAUCAUCAAGGAGAAAGAAGAGAGGCUAAAUGAGAAGAUUGAGGACAAGCGAGCAGAAGCCAAACAUCUUGAAAGGAAGAUCAAGGAAGUUGAAGUUGAAAUCAGACAAGUCGAUAAAGAAUAUACUAAAUUUGAAGAAAAUAAGGAAAGAAUAGAGAAACAGGAUGGAAUUCCGAGGGAUUUGAAAGCUGAAAUUAACCAUAUUUUAAAAUCCACACCAAGCUCAAUAUAUAGAGGAGAUCAUUCAGUCAUGAGUAAACUAAAAGUAGCCUUUGAUCAUGCUGUAAUGACCAAUAAAGAACUUUCUCGAGACCUCAACAGCACCAAUGACAAUGUUAAAGGCUUCAUUGAGGACAUGUCUACCCUUAUGAGCACCCAUAGCCUCACCUCAACAAUUGAUCAAACCUUGGAAGAAGAAUGUGGAGGUUCUUCAUUCUAUAACGAAGACCAAAGACAAGAGUACACAAGGCCCACCAAGAAGUACACUCCUCAUUACAACACUGCAACACAGGGAGGAUCUAGUUCUCACGGAAGAAGAAAGAGAAGAGUCCAUAAAUAA